AUGAAGCUGCCGCCCGCCGGGGUGGAAGUUGCCGCUCUCCUCUCCGGCUGCCUUAGCCUUUCCGACUCCAUCAGAAGCCGGUGUUGUCCCGCAGGCCUGGGCUGUUCUAGCUUUAGCAAGCGGGCAUGCCAUUUUCCAGCGUCUGUCCCUGUGGUCCUUCUGCAGUUGAGCCUGGCUGUGAAUGGAGCGGCGUUGGGAGCAUGCUACGACGACCGAGAAAAUGAUCUCUUCCUCUGUGACACCAACACCUGUAAAUUUGACGGGGAGUGCUUAAGGAUUGGAGACACUGUGACUUGUGUCUGUCAGUUCAAGUGCAACAGCGACUACGUGCCGGUGUGCGGCUCCAACGGGGAGAGCUACCAGAACGAGUGCUACCUGCGCCAGGCGGCCUGCAAGCAGCAGAGCGAGAUACUCGUGGCGGCGGAGGGCUCGUGCGCCACCGAUGCAGGAUCCGGAUCUGGAGAUGGAGUCCACGAAGGCUCGGGAGAGACCAGCCAGAAGGAGACGUCCACCUGUGACAUUUGCCAGUUCGGUGCGGAAUGUGACGAAGACGCUGAGGACGUCUGGUGUGUGUGCAACAUUGACUGUUCUCAGACCAACUUCAACCCCCUCUGCGCCUCCGACGGGAAGUCCUACGAUAACGCCUGUCAGAUCAAGGAGGCGUCAUGUCAGAAGCAGGAGAAAAUCGAAGUCCUGUCGCUGGGUCGAUGUCAAGACAACACAACUACAACUACUAAAUCUGAAGAUGGACAUUAUGCAAGAACAGAUUACGCAGAGAAUGCUAACAAAUUGGAAGAAAGCGCCAGAGAACACCACAUCCCCUGCCCGGAACAUUACAACGGCUUCUGCAAGCACGGGAAGUGCGAACACUCCAUCAACACGCAGGAGCCGUCCUGCAGGUGUGACGCCGGCUACACAGGCCCGCACUGUGACAAGAAGGACUACAGCGUGCUGUACGUGGUGCCCGGGCCCGUGCGCUUCCAGUACGUGCUCAUCGCGGCCGUGAUCGGGACGGUGCAGAUCGCCGUCAUCUGCGUGGUGGUGCUGUGCAUCACAAGGAAAUGCCCCAGAAGCAACAGAAUUCACAGACAGAAGCAGAACACAGGGCACUACAGUUCGGACAACACAACGAGGGCGUCCACACGGUUGAUCUGAAGGGAGCAUGUCGCACAGUGAGUGGCCGGACCGCCGAGAGCUUGGACUACACAUACAGUAUUCUAGACAAAAGAGUAAGACAAGAGAUCUACACAUGUUGCCUUGCAUUUGUGGUAAUCUACACCAAUGAAAACACGUCCUACAGCUAUAUUUGAUUAUGUAUGGAUAUAUUUGAAAUAGUAUACAUUGUCUUGAUGUUUUUCUGUAAUGUAAAUAAACUAUUUAUAUCACACAAUAUAGUUUUUUCUUUCCCAUGUAUUUGUUAUAUAUAAUAAAUACUCAGUGAUGAGAAAAAA